AUGCUGCCAUUCAUUCAACACUGCAGAACCCAGCCCUCGCUCGCUAUACCAGGUGGAUUGCAGCUACCGCCAGAGGUCCUUGACAUCAUCCUCGCCCAUCUCACACGACGCGAUCUUCUCUCCACUUCCCAGGUCUGCAAGGCUUGGCGUCCCUUGGCUUCCCACCACCUCUGGAAAAACAUCGACAGCCUCCCUCUCAACAAUGACUUUAUGAUACUCGUCCCUACACAUGGGCACCUAAUCCAGCGACUCGACCUUAUCCUUCAUUCAAGGUCUGAACUCGAGGGAGCGCCCGGCGUCCUACUCGCCCAAAUCCUUCAGGAUACACCUCGCCUGCACCACCUGUCCAUCCAGCUCUUGGAGUAUAACUCCAACGACAUUGUGCCACCAGUGCUGAAAGCCAUCAAGGACUAUGCCAGUGGGCAGCUGACCAGCUUCGGGCUCAAGGGCGUGUCCUGCCAUAUAGAGAUCGAGGAUGUUAAAGCCUCACUCCCUUCCCUCACACAGCUGACGCGGCUCGAGAUGGACGGAUUGACUACGGGGAAUUUGCUCCUAAUGUUGCCCUCUCUUCCACUUCUGACAGCCAUCGCCCUCAGAGGAGAUAGGAAUAGAACCCGAGGAGCGGGAACGAUGAGUAGGGAAGUUUUUCAAAACGUCGGUAUCGUCGCCAUCGGGACCCUAUUACCGCUCCUAAAGGAUCUUACCGUCCACUUUAACAACAAUAUUCUCGCUGUCGGGCUAGAACACUUUUCCGAGUCUUGCACGCGGUUGACCCGAGUCGACUUGCGCGGAUGCCAAGGAAUUUUGUCUGAUGGACUGACCUCCUUUUUGGGAUCCCAGCCGCAUCUGACACAUGUUUGCUUGGCAGAUACCCUUCUCCAGGACAGUGGUCUCCUCAUCCUUGCCACGCCUGCCAGAGCUUCUCAAUUGCGGGUCCUGAACAUCCGGAAAUGUCGCCUGGUGAAAGCGCAUGGUGUCGGUCAAGUGGUCAGGGCGUGCGCUAAUCUUCGGGAACUCAACUUUUCACUCUGCCCCGCUGUCUGGAUGGAUGUUUUCGCGGGCACCUGGGCAUGUCUUGGGCUUGUCCGACUGAACUUUGGAGGCAUACAUGGACGUGCCCCGAUUCAGGGUAGUUCUGAUGCGUAUGUGUCUCGAGUUGUCCAGGAGGGAGAGCUGGAACAAAUGUACGCCCAGCUCGGUCGACUUCACUUAUUACAGGAGCUCACGUUGGUGCCGCUGCCAUUUUACCUACGUCUUUUUGAGCUGGGUCGUACGUCGGUCGAGAAUAUGACGCGAUUGGAACACAUCUCGCUGGUGGAUGCUGAGUCUGGAUUGGAGGAUCGAGAUAUAAUCUGGUUGGCGACGCGGCUGCCCAGUUUGAGGACCCUAGACCUGGACAAACGCAUGAUACGACGCAAUUUGCUGCGGGAUCUCGGGGACAUUAACCGGUCGCUGAAGAUCAAUCUUCUCUACUCGCGGGAUCUCUAUGGCGACCGGAACCCCGACUUGGAGGCCACCGAUGCGGAGCACUACGAUACGGCGGACAGAGAUGAUUCCGGUUCCGAUUCUGAUUCAGACUCUAAUUCAGACCCUGAUUCAGACUCUGUUUCAGACUCUGAUUUAGACUCUGAUUCACACUCUGAUCCCGAAGGAGACAACAUCCAUUAUUUCAGUACCGGUGGCGACGACAACGACGAAGACGACAACGACGACCCUUACUACAGUCCUGGCGAGGAGCCCUACCGACCAGCACACCUUGAUCUUUCCGAUUCCGAUUCUGACGACGACGACGACGACGACGCCAACAUUUUUCCUUAUGCGAUCCCAUCCAGCGACAGCGACGACUAUGAUUCCUACGACGGCUAUCAUGAAGGCGAUAGCGAUGGCGAUUUCUUCUGGCACUAUCACACCUUUUACGACCCUACUUCGAAUACACUUAUGCCUUUCCCGUACCACAUGGACCCUCAGGACGACUCCGAUGAGGGGUCGGAGGAGGAUUCGUCGGAAGAUAACAAUACAGGAUCGGACGGUUCGGGCAACGGCACCAGCUCUGGCAGUGAGGACAGUGGAAGAGGCAGUCAGUCGGAGCAGUCGUCCGUGGCAGAGUCUGAUACUGAGGAGGACAAUUCAGGAUCGAAUGAUUCGGGUGACGGCACCAGUUCUGGCGAUGAGGAUAGUGGCAAAGGCAGUCAGUCUGAGCAGUCGUCCGAGGCAGAGUCCGAUACCGAGGGGGAUGGCAUAGUGUAUGAAUCGGGUGCCUCUUCCGAAGUUGGCAGCGUUGGUAAUAUCAGCGAUGACGAUCGAAGCCAGAAUGGAGGCGAGCACAGUGACGAGUUUUCUUCUGGCGAUGAUGAUGGUUCCGAAGAUGCUUCAUCUGCGGGGGACGACAAAAUUGAGCAGGAAGACAACAAGGACGAGGAGGACGAGGAAGAAGUAAUACAUGGAUGCGAUGCGUGCGAUGUGGACGUGGGACACAACGACAAGUAUAGUGGUUACGAGGAUUGCGGGGACGAUUACGACGACGAUGCUGACCCUAACGAUGUUAACGGCGGAGGAUACAAUUCGAACGACUACUAG